AUGUCUGUGUGGGCCAAACUCAAAUCAGCGUCUGCCUGGACACAAGGAUGCCGGGAGAGCCGUGGGGCCAAGCACAGCCACGCGCGGAUCCACAGCGCCGCUGCGCUGAUCAGGGCUGGCGGAGUCCCGUGGGGACAAGGUUACGGGGCUGUGGCAGCAGCGUGCGGGCCCCGGCUGGCUCCCUGUCCACCCCGGCUGUCCGGCUCCGCCGUCCCCUCCCGGCGGCGCAGGCGUCCUGGCAUCCACGCCUGGGGCGGCCGGAGAGCACGGGACCAGCCCGAGGCCGAGCCGUGCCAAGUGCCAAGGACACGGUGCCGCAGGCGGGCUGCCUCCGGACAGCAGCGCCGGACACCGUGGCUCUGUGCCAGGGCUCCCCAGCGGGGGCUGAGGCCCUCGGGGCGGUCCCCCCCCCAGAUCCUGGUGACGGACUUCAGCGCGGUGAGCCCCGCGGGCUGGCACUGCCCUGACCCGCAGCCGGAGCCGGGCGAGGAGGACAGCGAGCAGGACGCCCGGGAGGCAUCCGAGGAUGGGAACAGCAGCGUGGGCGCCAGCCCCGUGGCCCUGGACCCAGUGGAGAAGGAAUGGCUGCAGGGAGCAGCCGGCGGGGACCUGCCCGUCCUGAGCCACCUCCUGCAGCAGGAGCCUGCCCUGGCCUCCAAGAAGGAUUUCACCUCGGGGGGCUACACCCCCCUGCACAUCGCCGCGCUCCACGGCCACCGCCAGAUCGUGGACCUGCUCAUCGAGCGCUUUGGGGCCAAGCAGAACCUGCGGGACUACAGCGGGCACCUGGCCGGGCACUACCUGGGCACCACGGGGACGCUGGACGGGGACCCCGACACCCCCCAGCUGCCCUCGGGCCGGGGUGAGCGCGGCCGGAACCGGCGCCUGGCCUGCCUGCUGCUGCCCAAGGCCGGCGGGCAGGCGCGGCGGCGCUGGGGCUCGGCUGAGGACCUGGUGGAGCCGGAGGAAGAGCGAGCCCCGGCGCAGCUCCUUGCACCGCCUGCGUCCUACCGGGCCGUCCGCAAGUUCUCCCGCUAGCCCAACCCUGGCCCUGGCCCUGCAGCGUGGUCGGGGACUCAGGGGUCAGGAUCGAAGAUGGGGACGGACGAUGAUGUCUGGCUCUGCAAUAAAGCUCCGUGUGCACUGCG